GUUCAUUUUUUCGAUCUGUUCUUAUGUUAUGUAGUUUGUUAUGUUUGAUUUUGUAUUUAAAACUUCAGUGACAUUGAAUUUUAAACGACAUACAUAUCCAAGUGAAUAUAUACAAAAAUAACCUGAAUUUAAGCGUGUUGCUUUGUGUCAGUGUUUAUUUAUAGGCUUAUGUAUUUUGAACUGUCGAUGUUGUUAUAAUUUUAAAUUGUUUGUGUCUAAUAACAAAACGUCUCAUUAGACUAAUAAGUGCUUAAUUAGUUUUGCCUCAAGCUGACCUUUGCGACAAUUGAAGGGCGAUUCGCAGUAAAUAAUGGCUUCUAGCAAGCCGAUUACAAAGAAAGUGAUCAACUCCCCGGAGUCAUGUGUCGAUGACAACCUCCGCGGCGUCGUGGCUCUGUAUCCCAAGUUGCUUCUGCAUCCGAAGCAUCGUGUUGUUACUUUGAGGAGAAAGGAUGAUUCAGGGAGAGUGGCAGUUCUCGGCGGCGGCGGUUCCGGUCAUGAACCUUUUGCAGCUGGUCUCAUCGGGCCGGGAAUGUUGGACGGCGCGGUGGCGGGCGGCGUGUUCGCGUCGCCCCCUACCGGGAACGUGUUGUAUGCGAUCACACAGCUUUACAAAUACAACUCAGGUGGAGUUCUAGUUCUUCUAGGGAACUACACGGGAGACCGCUUAAACUUUGGUAAAGCCUUCGAAAAGGCUAAGAACGCGGGAAUUAAGGUCGAAGGUUUCAUAGUCGGUGAAGAUGUGGCUUCAAGCCAGAAUAAAACGGGUGGCAGGAGCAUGUGCGGAGAGGUCUUCCUGUAUAAGUUAUGUGGUGCGAUGGCGGCGGAAGGACACGACUUGCUAUCAAUACGCAAUAUGGCAUCAGAGGUUAAUAAAAAUAUGGCUACUCUCGGAGUGUGUCUAAGUGCCUGUUCACUGCCUGGUCAGCCACCUCUAUUCGAUAUUGCACAAGAUGAAAUGGAGCUUGGAGCGGGCGUGCAUGGAGAGGCUGGAAUCGAGAAGUUGAAAAUGGGUUCCGCGAAAGAAACUGUAGUUCUCAUACUCGAUAAGAUCGUAGCUCAUCUCAAACUACAGCCCAAAAACCGGGUGGCAGCCAUGAUUAAUAACUUGGGCGGGACAUCUCUCUUGGAAAUGAACAUAAUCGCUGCAGAAAUUAAAGAUUAUUUGGAUCGAAAGCAAAUAAAAAUGGAGCGUUUAUACUCUGGCCACUUCAAGACGUCAUUGGAGAUGCAUGGUUUCCAAAUUUGCCUUUUGGACCUGAGUGAGGAGCGUGGGGACUCGUGGCUGCGUCUCCUCGACGCUCCCUCGGGGGCCGGGGCCUGGAGCGGAUGUGAUUUAUCUGUCGGAGGGCCAGGGGGCUUGGCGGAGGAUGACGACUUACCACAGGCUGGUGAGGGAAAGAUCACUUCCGGCCCCACUCUAUCUGUCCAAGAACAGGAAAUACUACGCGAAAGUCUUCGCGCUGCAUCAGCUGUGUUGGUGGAAAAUGAGGAGCUGCUGAAUAGACUGGACUCAGGGUGCGGAGACGGCGACUGCGGGAUCACACUCAAAAAGUUUGCGAACGCGGUUUUGAAGUAUUUGGAGACAGCUUCGUUAGAAUAUCCCUCGAACGUGCUGUGGGAGUUGUCGGAAAUGGCGGAAACAGACAUGGGAGGUACGUCAGGAGGAAUUUACAGUUUGGGACUGUCAGCUGCGUCACAAGCUUUAUCCAAGUCUAAAUCCAAUGACAGAAGUGCGUGGUUGUCAGCAAUGUGCAGUUCAGCGACCGCUAUUUCUAAGUACGGAGGAGCGGAGCCGGGCGACUGCACUAUGCUGGACACACUGCACUCAGCUGCGAUGGCGUUUAAAGAGAACUUGGGAGCUGACCUCCAAACCCUUCUUCUAAAAAUCAAUGAAGCAGCCGAGAGAGGGGCGAAAGCUACCGCUGAUAUGAUUCCAAGAGCGGGGCGCGCGUCGUACGUGUCGCUCGCACACUCUCGCGGCGAGGACGCGGGCGCGCGCGCGCUGGCGCUGUUGCUGCGCGCCGCGCUGCCGGCCGCCGCGCUCUCCUCAUAGCACUGAACUACUUGAACACGGACAGAACGAACGGUACUUUAAUAAUAAUGUAGGAAUCGCCCAUUAAUUGAAGUUUAGCCAACUGCGCAGAAUAUAAUUUAGGAGCGUGAGUAAACACAGCAUUCUCCUCUCCAUCCCUCCUGUAGUUCGAAUCGAUCGAAGAUACAUCCGGUGCAGAACCAACGUCUUUUUGAGGAAUAUAACAAUGACUGCUUCCUUACUUUGAACAGCUGAUGUGAAUAUCUGACAAUAUUAAAAAUACAAGCAACUUGCUUGCUCGCUGGCCCAACCAGUAAAAUGAUAAUGAAAAUGUGAAUUAUAUAUCAAGUACUGGCAGAUCAACCGAUCAAUUUAAUUGUUUUAUGUAAGUGCGAUUAAUUGAAAACACUAAAAACAAAAAUAUAAUCAUUUUAUAUAACUCAAAAUCAUAAAACUGUCAACAUUUAAAAUAUUAUAUCAUAUAAUAUUUAUAUGGAGAGGUGCUGACCUGCAGUAAACGUGGUCGCACUGAAAAAAUAUGUCACUAAAGAACACUCAACAGAGGUUCUUAAUAGACAGAUCCCAGUCGCUGUGGCCGAAUAAGGUCGAGAUAACGUUUUCGGGGAUAAAUAUAUAAAUAAAACAACUAAUUCCAACAUUAUAUGUAAUCAUCACAAUAUAUUAACAAUAAUUGUUCUAAAAGUUGUGUAGUUAAAAUAAUAUUUAUUAUAUUUUAUGUCGAACUAGAU